AUGCACCUUCAAGUUCAACGGCUCCGCGACCUCCGCGAAGACGACUCUGCCUCAUCCCGGGGCUCGUACUCCGGUGUGGACGUUGAGGCGGGGGCGGAAUUGAGUGGGGUUGAGGAGGAGGAGGAGGAGGAGGAGGAGGAGGAGGAGGAGGAGGAGGAGGAGGAGAGGUUUGAGGAACGAUCGUCGGAUGUGAUAUGGCAUCAGAGGAACGAUCGUCGGAUGCGAUAUGUCUUCGGACCCGAGCACAGCCCAAGCGAUAUGCCUUCGGAAGAGAACUCGGCGUAUGCGAUAUCACAUCGGAGCGCCCAAGCGAUAUGCCUUCGGAAAGGGUGUAUGCGAUAUCGCAUCGGAGCAACGAUCGUGGGGUGA